AAUUCAUGAAUAUUUUCACUUUCUAAAAGAGUCCAAUAAUACAGAGUAAAGCAUGAAGUCCUUCGUCCUUCCCCAAAGAUAAGUGCCAUAGAGUUCAUUUCCAUUUGCCGUAUCGAUGGCAGUUUUUGGAUGGAAGCAAAUGGAAGGAUUUGGACAAAAUGGAGCUUAUUGAAGAGGCAUAUUGUAAUCCCCAUAAAAAGAGCAUCCUGUGCACUGUGUCAGCCAGUAAUUUUCACUUUGAUGCUCUGAACUUUGGCUCCAUGAUGUUUGGUGCUGCCCGGGCUCGUCGCCUCUCCACAGCCUCCUCGGUCACCAGACCUCCACACUUCAUUCUCACCACUGACUGGCUUUGGUACUGGGCCGAUGAGUUUGGUUUUUGGCAGGAAUAUGGAAAACAAGGCACUACACACCCUGUGACCACCGUCAGCAGCAGCGAUGUGGAGAAGGCCUACCUGGCAUACUGCACACCAGGGUCUGAUGCCCACAUGGCCACCCUGAAGUUCCAAGCCGGAAAGCACAACUACGAGUUAGACUUCAAAGCCUUAGUUCAGAAGAACCUGGCCUAUGGCACAAUCAGAAAUGUUUGCCGCAGACCCAAAUACGUUUCUCCCCAGGAUGUGACGGCCAUGCAAAACUGCAAUGCCAACUUUCAAGGCCCAAAGAACAUCCCAGACUAUUGGGACUCCUCAGCCUUGCCAGACCCAGGCUUUAAGAAGAUCACUCUCAGUUCUUCCUCGGAGGAGUAUCAGAAGGUCUGGAACCUCUUUAACCGCACGCUGCCUUUCUACUUUGUUCAGAAGAUUGAGCGAGUCCAGAACCUGGCCCUCUGGGAAGUCUACCAGUGGCAAAAAGGGCAAAUGCAGAAACAAAAUGGAGGAAAGGCGGUGGAUGAGAGGCAACUGUUCCACGGCACCAGCAGCAGUUUCGUGGAUGCCAUCUGCCAGCAGAACUUUGACUGGCGGGUCUGUGGUCUUCAUGGCACUUCCUAUGGCAAGGGGAGCUACUUUGCCCGCGACGCUGCGUAUUCGCACCACUACUGCCAGUCUGACACGCAGUCUCACGUGAUGUUCCUGGCCCGGGUGCUGGUGGGCGAGUUUGUCAGGGGCAGUGCCUGCUUUGUCCGCCCCCCGGCCAAGGAAGGCCAGAGCAACAUUUUCUACGACAGCUGCGUGAACAGCGUGUCCGAUCCCUCCAUCUUCGUGGUCUUUGAGAAGCACCAGGUCUACCCUGAGUACCUCAUCCAGUACUCUGCCUCCUCCUCCAAGCCUGCCACCACCGCC